CUACCACAUGUUUAACAACAUGUGUAUUGAAUUAACAAGUAAAUUAUCAAUCCAAAAUGUUACUCAAAUUCCUAACUUGUUAGACUUUUUCAAAUGUACAUAAUGGUGUACAUUCCAAUAUGAAGAAGACUUAUACUCACAAAUAUAAGACACAAAUGAAGAAUUUCGGCUCAUUAAUUUAACAAAUGAAGAAUGGGAAAAUUUAAUGAUAUGAGUGAGUUAAUGACUGAGUUGAUGCUUGACAGUGAUUAUGAUAUGCUUGAAGACGUCACUGUCUGCCCAAAGAAGACAAACAGUGAAUCAUCAUUCAAAUUUACAUAUAUAUCAAAUAGUGAGUUUAAUGCUAUACACAAACAAGUGAAAAGGGAGAGGCAGAGGAAGCGUGAAGAAAAGGAAUGGGAGAUAUUUAUGCAGAAGCAGCAGGCUCAAGAGUACAAAGUUGAGGGGAGAGAUGCUUCAACAAUAACUAAUGUUACUGUUAUUGAUCAUAAUGAUCCCAAGUCUGAACCAGAGACAACAACACAAGGAGAUUCAAUUUUGUUUAAUGAUGAACAGGUGGAACUAAUUCGCCCACAUUAUGAUCCCAAUGUUAAAGAAAUUUAUACAGCAGAAGUGGCCCUUAAGAAUCCAAGCCAAAACAUUAUUCAAUUUGUACAUGUGUCUUCAGAUAUGCAUGAAAACUAUACAAUUGAGCAAGCUCAGGAAUCAUAUAAGUUUAGAGAACAAUUGGGAGGAAAAUUUAUAGUUGACAAAAUUGAGAGAUUCCAGGCCCGGAUCAUCACAACAUUAAAAGUCAUUGGAGAUGUUCUUUCCAAAUAUCCUUAUGAUAGUUUCCUAAAAAAUGGAAUAGACAUCAAGAGAAACCAAGUCAGGAAUGUUGCCUUCUCAAAACGGUUCAAGAGCAACUACCAUUACCAUCUUGUUUGCCAAAUUAAAAGCAUUGAAAAACUUCUCAAAAACAAAACUCUACAGAAAGCAAAACCAAAUUUAAAAGUAAUUGAAAAAUUAUUGUCUUCUCACCAAGUCAUAUUCCAGGCAUUGCAAGUUGUAGAAAAACAUUUGAUUGGAACAUACCCAGUUAAUGAAACGUUCUGCUGGCUGAGGGAUUUCACCGAGUUGAUUAGCAAUUUAUACAACCUACCAUCAUAUUACGAAAAAACAUUCAAAAAUUAUAAUGAAAUGAAAAAUGCAUGUCAAGAGCUCAUCUAUAUAAUUGAUAAUUUUAACGACCGGAUGGCUGAAUUAGAAUUAUUUGAAAAAUUUAACAGACCGUUAAAAAGACAAUACCAGACCAGGUACUGAGCGCGUGAAAACACUCACUCAUUCGAAUGAGCCGAAACUUCUGUCUCAAAGUUAAAUCUUUUUGUAAAAAUAUUGUAAAUUACAAUAAUUUAUAACUAAUAA